AGCAGAUGGACUGACCUGAAAUUUAUUGGUGAACGUGAACAACAUUGAAUUUAUGAAAGAAUGUGCCAUUAGCUACAGUUUUGAAAGAAAUGGAUUAUCAAACUUCAGUUGACUGCUGUCAUUUACAGUAAUUGUUAAUUCACAGAUAAAUUGGACAAGAAAAAAAAAUGCCUUUCAGAAAUCCACAGACAUGGCCAAAAUCUUGUGGCUUUGAAAUUUAUGGAUAUGGACCAAGUUAUGUUAUUGCUGUUGAAAACAACAGUGUAGCAAAAAAAGCUGGACUUAUACCUGGAGAUCAAAUUUUAGAGGUGCAGGGGCAAGAUGUGUCAAAUCUACCAUCAGAGAAAAUAAAAGCCCUGGUGAAAAGAUCACAAGUGACUUAUCCAACUUUAGAAGUAGUGGCUUGUCUGCAAGAAAUUAAUAUUCUUCCAAAUCACAUUAUUGGAUACGGGUUUACAUGUAAAAAUGGCCGACCGUUGGUGGUGUCAAGUGUUGAAUUUGGUGGACCAGCUUAUAUGGCAGGCCUCCGUAAAGGUGAUAUUAUAUUGGCUGUAAAUGGUAUGAGUGCAGCAAAUAUACAAGAUAUAGAAAAUGUACUAACAUAUAAGCAAGGUAAACUAGUAUUACUUACCAUACCUGUUGGUAGAACUAGUAAUAUGGUACAAGAUGAUAAAAACAUUAAUAAAUUCCAGUUUAGACUUCAAGAUCACAGAGCUAAAGAUCUUCACGAAAAGAUGAAUUCAGUACUGGGAGAUGAUUAUGAAAAGAAAAUGGCUGUUGUAGGAAUAUUAAAACAAUAUGCUGAAGAUAGAGAUGUAACACUAUUAGCACAUGCUUUACAUACAGUUCUUAAGACGCCACAGCAACGUAGAAUUCUUAGACAGAUAAGACCAUUUGUUCCACCAAGUUAUAGAAAUCAUUAUGAUGAAUUAAUGAAAGGAAGAAGUCAUUCACCAACUACCAGUGAGAAAGCCAGCAGUAUUAAAUCAGGACCUGCAGCACAUAAAACUGGAUUUAGAAAGUAAGAUGAAACAAAAUGGAGUUUUAGAGACUACUUGUCUGCUGAUGAAGACAGACAUAUGCCAUGCAGAGUGUGCUAUUAGGGGAACUUGCUCUUAUUUCGUAUUCCACCUGUCAAGAUAUAUUUUAUGUGCACUUCAAUGUGUACAUACAUACAUACAUACAUGUACACUGGCCCUCUAUUUUUGGUACCACUGAAAUGACCAGAUGAUGUUCCCUGUCAGAUCCUGUAUCCUGUUGCAUCACUGAUAUGUGAAAAUGAGGAGAGAGAGAGAAAUGGGGUUUAACGACCACUUGGCACAAACUAGGUCAUUUUGUGUCUAACAUACAUGUAUGGUUUAAUUUUAUUUAAAUAAUUAGCUUGCGCUUAGGGGUCUUUAGCAGUGGGAAACCGGAGUACCGGAGAGAACCCACAAGGUUGGACGGACGACCCUAGUCCUUGUCACAUACUACCAGGGAAUCAAAACCAUGCCAGUUGACUCAAUGACAGACCUUACCAUUCACCCAUCCCCCCCCAACCACUCCCCACUCCCCCUCCAAAUCCUGAGAACCUUCUAGACCAACAGCUGGACUGAACCCAGCUCCUCUAAGUUAGUAAGUGUGCAUCUCCCUGAAAUUUUCAAAGAAGAUUUUUAAACAGAAACAUUUCUAAAG